UAUACACGACGCCGUUCAGGUUCCCCCUACUCUCUCUCUCUCGUGUUGUCCUAGGAAAAUGGCCCUUGAAACAGAGAGGACAACAACAGGAUGGGCAGCCAGAGACGCUUCUGGGAUUCUCUCACCUUAUACUUACAGUCUAAGAAACACAGGCCCAGAAGAUGUUUACGUCAAAGUACUCUGCUGUGGAGUUUGCCACUCUGAUAUUCAUCAGAUCAAGAAUGAUCUUGGCAUGUCCAACUAUCCCAUGGUUCCUGGGCACGAAGUGGUUGGUGAGGUGGUGGAGGUGGGAUCAACUGUGACUAAGUUCAAAGUAGGAGACACCGUGGGAGUCGGAGUGCUCGUUGGAUGCUGCAGAAACUGCCGCCCAUGCAAAGCGGAUAUCGAGCAAUACUGCAACAAGAAAAUUUGGUCCUACAACGAUGUUUACACUGAUGGCAAACCCACCCAAGGUGGCUUUGCUGGCGCCAUGGUGGUUGACCAAAAAUUUGUGGUCAAGAUACCGGAGGGGAUGGCCCCAGAACAGGCAGCGCCACUAUUGUGCGCAGGGUUGACAGUAUACAGUCCUCUGAGUCACUUCGGGUUGACCCAGAGGGGAUUGAGGGGAGGGAUAUUGGGGAUUGGAGGAGUGGGACACAUGGGGGUGAAGAUAGCUAAGGCCAUGGGGCACCAUGUGACUGUAAUAAGCUCUUCAGAGAAGAAGAGAGAAGAGGCUAUGGAGCAUCUUGGGGCUGACGAGUACGUGGUCAGCUCGGACUCGAGUCGGAUGCAGGAAGCGGCUGACUCACUGGAUUAUAUCAUUGAUACUGUGCCUGUGUUUCACCCUCUCGAGCCUUACCUUUCUUUGUUGAAACUGGAUGGCAAGCUAAUCUUGAUGGGUGUUAUAAAUACUCCUCUGCAAUUUCUCACCCCCGUUGUUAUGCUUGGGAGGAAGUCAAUUACAGGGAGCUUCAUAGGGAGCAUGAAGGAAACGGAGGAGAUGCUUGAGUUCUGCAAAGAGAAGGGCCUAAGUUCCAUGAUUGAAGUGGUGAAGAUGGAUUACGUUAACAAAGCUCUUGAAAGGUUGGAGAAGAAUGACGUUCGAUACAGAUUCGUUGUGGAUGUUGCCGGAAGCAAACUUGAUCAGUGAAAAACCAGGGCACUCGUGAAAGGCCAAAUCCUAUAUUCCUAUACUGUUUAAGAUACAUGCAGCUAAAUGUCACUAUUCGCUCCGAGUAGUGUUCAAUGUUUUUCUCAAAUGAUAACAAUCUGAGGUGGUGUUUACUAAUUUUUUAAAGAUAUUGAUGUUUUGUGUUUCGAAUCUAAUUCAGCAAUUCUAAAUGUGUUGCAAUAUGUUUGUUGUGCCGUGUGGCUUAAAUGUUGGAUCAUGGGUUAGUAGUGACAAUGGAAGCUUUAAAUUUUAUUAUUUAA